GGCCCCUUCGAGUCGGCUGCGGGGUCACGGCGUCGACGAUGAUCACAUGAGGGCGGAGAGGGACUGACCUAUCGGAGCCCGGGGACCGAGAGACAGCGAGCGCGGGGCCUCGGACUCGGUUCUGCAUUAUCAACUGUGAGUAAAAGAUGGGACGGAGGAAAUUACCUGAAACUGCAGCAGCCCCAGAUCAGGAUCAAGACUUUGAUGGCGGAGAAGGUGAACAAGAAUGUGCUGAGAAUGGGGUUUUGGCUGCAACAACAACUGAUCAAGUUGACUGGUGUCCUAUCUGCCUCAACCAUUUUGUGGACCAAGAAGUAGCUGUUCCUGAGAGCUGCUGUCACGUUUUUUGCCUGAGAUGCAUUCUUGCUUGGGCUGAAAAAAGAAACUGCUGCCCAAUAGACCGUAAGCCCUUCAGUCUGGUUUACAAACAAGUCAACAUAAAGAGUAAUGUAAAGAUUCCCAUCAAGCAAAGCUUCAGUAAAAAUUCACAAGAACAGCAGCCAUGCAGCAUUGAAGACCAUUGUCACAGUAUUGCAGGAGGAAACGUUGCCUUCAAUGAUGGGUUUUGCACAUGCUUAAAGGAGAAGUGUGAAAGAGGCUGUGCUGCUUGGCAACAAACAGACUUUUGUGAAAUACAAAGCAUAUUUGACACGGGCAGUGACAAAAGGAAUAGGACUUCCAAGAAGAAUAAAAAUAAGAUCAACAGAAAAGUAUGUUACCAGCCAUGUGUCAGGAAUGAUCUGAACAGUUUCGCUCCACAAUAUGGGAAGUCAGAAAUGUCCAAUUUCGAAACUGAAAUAUGCACAGAUUAUGUUGACAUGUGUGAAAUUACACCACUAAUCAGACAGAAGAGAAGAGGACCAGAAUCAAAUCGACCCCGGUGGCGUCUUGCUUCCACUGUUCUUACGACAGGAAUGUUGAGAUACGGGGUAGACUCCAUUCCUGUUGAAUCUGAUGAAGCAGCAACUGCUCUCUCGCAGCAAGAUCUGAUGUCAGAAACUGUGUUUCCGUCAAAACCAUUUGCACUGGGACGUUCUGUUUAUUUUCCUGGCAAGGUGUGUGCACUUGCUGGAACCAGAGGAGGUGGAGAGAAAAAGACUCUGUCCGGAGCAUCAGGUAGUACUAAUGCAGGGAAUAAUGAAACAACACCAGGCCGAAGAAGAUCAAUGCGUAUCAGUAAUGCAGAAAAAUUGGAUAAAUCUGCCAGCUCCGCUCAGCGCUCACAGUCAAACUCAGGUGCCUCAGUUCCUACAACAUCCCCAGAAUGUGCAAGAACGCCACCUAAAAGGGGUGGAAAGCAGAAGUCAAAAAGGAAAGUGGAGACCGAACAAAAUAAGACUCCCCCUGAUAAAAAGAAGACCAGAGUUACUCGUAGUUCCUAUAAGAAAUCAAGUUCUAGUAGUUCAGACCCAAAUGAUAGUCCUUUUGUCAGUGAAACGGAAUAUCAACCGCUGAGCAAUCCAGAUAACAGUGAUGCAAGCCAUUCAUCAUCUAAUGACUGUGGUGAUCGCAAUCCUUCAGUGGAGAAGGAUAAUGAUGAAGAGGAGAAUGACAAACGGCAAGAAAAUAAAAAUUCACCAGUCAGUGAAGAAGACUGUGCACCAAACAUUGACCAGAUCAAUACUGAAGUCUCAGGAAUCUCCAAUCUUCCACCGACUACUGAUGAUAAAAAUUGUGGAAGUUGUGUGGAACCUAACUCAGGUAAUUCAGCAGAAAACAAUGACAAGGAGUUUAUUGAAAAGGAACAGAGUAGUUCAAAAAAUGGAAUUUAUUCUCUCAGUGAAGAUGUAACUUGUAUCGAUGUGACUCAUAGUGAUCAAGGCAUUGGUCAAAUAAAAUAUCUGGAGAGUCCGUCAAAAGAAGAUAUUACUGAUGUGGAAAAGAAGGCACUUGUAGAUGAUCAAAAUUCUGAACACUCUAAAGUAAUAGAAUUCAGGGAAAGAAUGAACAAUACUUGUGAGGAUGAUACUGGAAAAGAGUCAGUAAUUGAAAAUCCAGAAAAAUGUGUUGAAGGUAUCCAAUCCAAGGGUAAAAUGUCUUCAGGAAGUAUUAAUUCUGAGCAGUUAGAAGAAACAGAUUCUGUAAAAGUUGAAGAGAAUCUAGAUGAACCUCACAGUACAUCUGACUGUGGAAGUGCUGUUGCUACAGAAUCACUUAUUGAAAUUCCUGGAAAAUUCAUGAAUAAUAGUGAUCUGGUGAGGGAAAUGUCUUUGGAGAGUAUCAAACCUGAGAUGUUUAAAAAAAUGGGAUCUCUGAAAAAGUUGAGUGCUAAAGAAACAUCUGAUUCUCAAAGAGGUACUCCUGAAAUGUUUAUGGAGGACAACUAUCCAGAAAGUGAAGUCUUGCAGAAUGUAAAAUUGGAGAGAUCUGAUACAGAUUCUAUGGAAGUUUCAGCUCUUCAUGAGCAAAAAUCUGAUUGUAAGGAUGGUAUUGAUCAACAGUCAUCAGUUGAAGAGCCUCAUGAGUUUGUGGAGAAUGACAAUGUGAAAAGUGAAAUCAGCUCAGGGAAUAUUGAACCUGAACAAUCUGAGAUGAACCAGGAGCAAGUUGUAAGUAAGCCAUCACAGGCAGCUGAUUGGAAAAAUGCUAUUAUUCACCAGUCAUCUGAUGAAAUUCCUGGUAAAAUUACAGAAGAUAAAAGCCUGAAAAGUGGAAUCUUCAGUGAAUCUGAUUUCAAUCAAAUGACUUCAGAGACACAAGACACCAAUAAUGAUAAAAGAACCAAAUCUGAGACGUUAAUUGAUGGGACCGGCUGUGGUGCUGCUGAGGAGUUUAAUUUGGAUAACAAUGAAGUAGUGGCUAUGGAAUGUGAUUCACCCAUCAAUGACCAUCAAGUGUCUGUAGCAGAACUUGAAUCUCAAAAAGCAUCAGAAGAAAAUGAAGAAAGUUCUGCUUUGUCCUCUGAUCCUAGUCACAAUGUAUUGCUGCCUGAUGUCACUUUUGAAAAUACCAAUAAUGAAAACAUAGGGCAAGGACCUCCUGAAAUUGAACUUAAGAAAACAGCAGAGCAGAAAGGAAAAGAUGCACCACGUCGCAAAUCUAGGUUUCAUGCAGCAUCGACAACCUGGUCUCCAGAAAAAGAAAGAAAACGUGAACGGAAAAGAUCCAGGUCCAAGUCCCAGGGACGAUCUGGAUCUGGGUCCAGCUCCCAGCCGCAAGUAAGGUCUAGUCCCAGACCACGGGGAAGAUCCAGUUCCAGGUCACAAGGGAGGUCUGAAUCCAGGUCACGAGGGAAGUCCAGAUCUAAGUCGCGAGGUAGAUCCAGGUCCAGAUCCUUAUCGCGUGGAAAGUCCAGAUCCAGGUCCCGAGGACGAUCCAGGUCCCGAGGAAGAUCACGAUCCAGGUCCAGAUCACAUGGAAGGUCCAGGUCCAGAUCACGAGGAAGAUCCAGAUCACGUGGAAGGUCCAGGUCCAUAUCACGUGGAAGAUCACCAGGAAGACCCAGGUCUUUGGGUAAAGACCAUCAUGGUCAUUUGGACAGACCUUUGCAUGAAAGAAAUCGCUUGAAAGGAGAAGACAGUGACCGAAGCAACCAAGCCUCUCCGUCCUCUAGGAAAAGGUCCAGGUCUCCCAGCAAAGAGAGAGAUAAAGAAGAACUUGCAAGUGAAGUUGACAAGAGGAGCACUGAAGCAGAUAGAGGAAGAAAAGAUAGACCACGCUCGAGGUCAAGAUCUAGAUCCAGAAAACGAUAUUAUUCUGGAGACCAAGAAGAGAAAGCUGGUUUUUCUCCAGGCAGAAGAGACAGGUACAUUGAUGACAGCUGGAGAAAUAUUCGAGGAAAGGAUAGACCCAGAAUGAAUGACUGGGAAAGACCAAGAGGUUAUGAUAGAUUCAGAAAAAAUAAUAGGAGUAGAGAAUUUCCACAGGCUAACAGAUAUCCAGAUGAACAGUCAACUAUAAGCACUAAUGAGUAUAUAGAUGACCGGAAUCCUGAAUGGGUAGUGGAACAAGUGCAGGCAUCUUCAGAUGUCAAUAUGAGAGAAAAUGACUACAGAAAUGAUGCUAAAUGGGAAGAAAAUAGAUAUGAAAGAGAUGACUCUUGGGGUAAUAGGAACUUUGGUUGGAAACGUGGUCGUGGACGUUUCCGGGGAGGCUCCUUCCAUGGUGACCAAAGUGAAAUGCCAUGGCAGAACCGAAGGUCACAUUUCUCAGGUGAGCAAAACAAUUCAGGGAAAUAUCAAGGAACUGGAGCCCGUCGGUAUAAUGACCAUCAACAAAAUAGGUGGCGAGGUGAAUCAAAUACAUCUUCAGAGGCCCGUGACCGUUCUGGAUGGUCAUCGUUCUCCAGUUGGAACGCAAGGAAAACUCUGCCAGCUGAUGUCCAAAGUUACUACGCCAAUAGGGGAAGACAGGCUUCAAGCACGCAAUCAAGCUGGAGAGGAGCUGAUGAGGAACAGUACCAGGCUCCAACAGAGCAAGAUUCAUCACAUGGAGUGCCAGGAUUUAAUGACCAAGCAAAUCAGCAAAUGAAUGGUUCUCAGCAGCCAGUUAAUAUAAUGCAUCCACCUGUACUACCCCAGCCAAUGAAUCCACCUCCCCAGCCAAUGAAUCCACCUCCCCAGGCAAUGAAUGCACCUCCCCAGCCAAUGAAUGCACCUCCCCAACCAAUGAAUGUCUUUCCAUUUCCAAUGAGCGUCCACCCACCACCCCCACUAAUGCAUUUCCAUCCAUACAUCCACCCUCCUCCACCACUGAAUGUGCACGCAGGAAUCCCUGCAGUGCAACCAACAGGAGCUGGAAACCUGCCUAACAGCCCACCUCCACCACCACCUCCACCUCCACCAGCCCAAUCGAUGAACUAUGCGAUUCAGCAACACGACAUGGCACAACCUCAAAUCAUCCCUCCUCCGUGUAGCGUUCCAGAGGUGGAUGUGCAGAGUAGUGCUGCCACUGUACCCAGUACAUCUGGAGAAUCCAGCAAAGCCAUGCAGCUUCCACUUUCUAUAGAUGUCUCUCCUUCAACCUUUCAAUCUGUCCAACAAGUCUUUGCAUCUCUUUCAACUUCAAAGCCUACAGUAGAAAAAGAAAGCUUGAAGGAAGAAUUUGAAACAGAAAAGCCCAAAAAGGACAAGGCAAGUCCUGCAGACUCGAAAUGUACAAUUCAAGAAAGGGCUGUGGAAGAAGUGAAACUAGCCAUCAAGCCUUAUUACCAAAAGAAGGAGAUUACCAAGGAUGAAUAUAAAGAAAUUGUCCGCAAGGCUGUUGAUAAGGUUUGCCACAGUAAGAGUGGUGAAGUCAUCCCAGGAAAAGUAGCCAAUUUGGUAAAAGCUUACGUAGAAAAAUAUAAACAUGCCAGGAAAGGGAACCCAAAGCAAAUUCCUGAGGAAUGCAGUAUCAUUGGGAACAAAUCUUUUUAAAUGAUAAAAACAUGUAGCUGAUUGGUUACCAGUGUUAACAUGAGCCCAAAAUAGAAUGAUGAGUAGGAACUUUGUUAUCUAUUGGUUCAUUUUCUCUUCCUUGCAAAAGAUUAGGUGUUUUUCUAAAAUUGAAGCAUUUGAGACAACACAAUAACGUGAAAUGAAAGCAUGCUGUCGUUAGUUAUUUGGAGUUGUAAGGAUACUGAAUAUGAUCUGUCCUGGCCCCUCAUGUGGGUUGUCACUAGAUCAGUUGUAUAAAAUGUGAUAUUUGUUAGAUGAUUUCCUAAUGUAUCAAAUUAUUUCUUGAUGAAUUUUUUUUUGUUAACUCUAGUUAGGUGUUUUUGUAAACCGUUUGUAUGCUGUACAAAAGCUUCCAGGUUUAACUGGAAGGAUCUGGAUCAUGUAGAAGCACUAAAGCCUGGCAUCUGAGGCUGAUCAGCUGUUUUAGUGCGUAUAGGGUCUAAACAAAGAUGAUUGCUUAACACUUCUAGGACUGUUGCUCAGUGGGAAAAUGUUUGAUAAAAGAUUUGAUUCUAUAGUUUCAUUUUUGAGAAAAACAGAAAAGAAUGGUUAAAAAUGUCAGGCAUAUUCUGUAAUACUUGCCCAACACAGCAAAAUAAAUUUUCUGCUGCUUGUCAAACUAGUUUCUGGGUCUUGAUGGACACAUUAUGGAUUUAAAUAUAUUCAAGUUCAGAUAGCAAAUCUGUAUUUUUACUUCAAAUGUAAUAUCCUUUGUAAAAGUUGACUUAUUUUUGAUUAUUCUGUUGAUAACGAUAUAGUAAUACAUUCUGCUUAUGGUAAUUAUUUCAUCUUUGGUGCUGACCUUUUCAGAUAAUUUAACAAAUCAUGGCAAUAGACAAGUUACCAGCAGAGAAUUUACAAUGGAAAUGUCUAUAUAUAGCUUGAGGUCUUUAUUAUUGAGUGAAUAUUGAGUGAAAUGUAUUUUUUUUUCCGAUGUUUCCAAAGGCUUGCAUACUGAGUUUUACAGUGCUUAAUCAUAUUUGUGUAUUGGAACUAAUAAUUAUGUCGAACAACACAACAUUGCUUCUAGUUUUUGAUUAUUUAAUAGAAGUUUGCAGUAGAAGUGUUCAAACUUAUUCAUUGCCUCCCAUCGCUUUGUGCUCAUCUGCUUUUGAAUGUGCCUCUGCUGGCUUUACUGGAAGUGUUUUUAUUAAUGCUAUAAGAGGAUGUGACAGUUUCACAAUAGGACAUCACACAUUUCUUAUCAACACAAGUAACUAAGGAAUACAACACACUGUGUAUUUUAUGUUGAAAGUAUUGAUUUCACUGAAAAGCUUCACACUUUUAUGAAUACGCAAUUAGAAUGGGAAAUAUAUUGAUUCCAGGAACAUGUGAAUGUUCCGUUUAUGCUGUUCAGUAGUGUUCAAGAUUAACAUGCUAUUGAAAUAGUCAUGUUAGUUAUGUUAAAGCUAUAAUCAGUACAAAAUGUUUGAGAAACUCAGCAGCUUUUUAAUAUCUGUGACAUUUGAGUCCAAUGACAAAACAUUAACUCUUCCUCUUUACAGAUGUACCAGAGUGCUGAGUUUUCCCAGCAUUUACUGGUUUUAUUUCAGAUAUGCAGCAUUUUCACUUGUAUUGAAUGUUUAGUGUGUAUACUGGGUUCAGAGUCAUCUGGAAUAUUAUUCUGUCAAAGAAAUUAAGGUAUACAGAAUAGAGAACAGUUCGAGAUAUGAAACAUACAAUUACAUGGAUAAUUUGGAGAAGUUAAGGUUGCUGUUCUUGAAGAAGAGAAGGUAUUUAAAUCAUAAGGUAUCUCGACAGGAAAUUUGGAGACACUGCUGUCCUGUUGAAAGGAUGGGGGACCAGAGGGCACAGGUUUGAAGUAAUUGUCAAAACAACCAGCGGUGAUAUGAGGAUGAACUUUAAUAGAGCAGAUUGUUCGGAUUUGGAACUAACUUCAUGAGUGUGGGGAAGGCAGUCAAUUGAGGAUUUCAAAAGGAAAUUUAGAACAUUUGCAGGGCUACAGGGAAAAUGUCUGGGGAGUGGCCCUAAAUGAAUUGUUCCUUCAGAGGAUCAGCACGGAUUAUUGGCCUCCUGCUGUAACUAUUCUAUGAUAAAAUGUCUAUAACAGAAUAUCCUGGAAGUGAAUUGUGUGCAACCAAAGUUUAACAUUUUAAAAUAAUUUCUGGUGUUAAGUAUUGAAGGUUGGAUUCUUAAGCAUUUCAUGUUCUGCCUCAUUAAUACUCAUAAUGUGGCCUCCAUUGCUAUAGAAAUCUUGGGGUUUAUAAGUUGAAUUAGAAUUUUAUGAAAACAUGAUUUGCAAAUAGGUAUUUGUACUCCCCACAUUAGCAUUCAUCAGUGGUGAUAUUGUAAAACGUCUUAAUUCUCAGUGGACUUUGAUUCAGUUUCCAUUUCCUGUGAUGUUUGCAUGGAUAACCUUUGAUUAUAUAAUUUAGUAAAAGGUAGUAGCUCUAUUUUCUUCUCCUUAGAAGCCUCUUACAUUUAAGAAAUUGCUGGCCAUGAUACCUUUAAUUUCUAACUUCAAACUGAGAGGCACUGUGCUUCAUUAUUCUAUCUGAUCAGCAUAAGAAAAUAUAUUAUGAGAUCAGAAGGUAUUCCGUGUUGGAUGAGAAGGGACAUUCAAAGGGAAUGCAUCUGUUACUACAGCUAAAUUCCUCAAGAAAUAAAAUGGCUUGUUCAUUCUCCUUUGUCUUAUAUCUGAUGACUGGUGGCAACUAUCAAUCUGGGAUGUUUUUCUUUCCCUCUGAAGCCAAGUGUCAUCACUUAAACUGAGUUCUGGAAUAUUAUUGGCCUUGGGUUAAUGACAACCAUUGCCAGUCUUGUACAGAAUUUCCUACAGGCCUACCAGAUGGGAACCAUGAUUUUUGGUUUGUAGUCAAGAAACGGUGAGAUUCAUUAAUCCACUACUAACCUGGUUAACACAAGCAAAUUCAAUACUGACAUGAAUUUAACUCUGGGUCUGUUUAAUCUGGACAUCUUAAUUACACACCAACUAUGGCAAGAACGAGGGAAAGGGGAGGUUACUUGUUUUAAGUGUUAGGCAGAGAAUCUAAGCUGUUAUUUUAAAAGUUUAUUCUUUCAUUGAAUGUGACAUUGCUAGCAGGCCCCAGCAGUUGUUGCCUGUCCUUGAAUUGUGGGCUACCAGGCAGUUGGGAAUCAUCCACAUUGCCACAGGUCUGAUGUCAUAGUUAAGUAAGACCAGGCAAAGACACAUGAUUUUCUUCCCUAAAGGUCAUCAGUGAAUAAGAUGGGGUUUUACAAUAAUCAAUGAAAGUUUCAUGCAAAAAAAAACCUGAAAUUGCUGGAAAAUCUCAGCACAUCUGUGGCAAAAAAUCAGAAUUAAUGUUAACCCUUCCUCAGAAAUGAAACUUUCAUGGUGGGAUUGGAAACCCACAUUCCUACUGCAUCAGCCUGGCUCUCUGGAUUACUAUCCAAUGAAAUUACCACCAUACCACUGUCUCCAAUAGGUAUGGUAGUUUCAACCCUCACCUAGAUUCUGUACAAAUUUAUCUGCAAGUGAUAGUUACACAGUUUAAAUUCUCAGGACUAUUAGUCCUACUACCAGAGAAUAGUUACUUUAAUUUCCUUGAGGAUGUAAACUUUUGUAAUUGACUUUGUUGCAAGGACAAGGAUGUUAAGAUGUACUUGACACUUACUGGUACCAGGCAUCUUCUAAACUAGUUAUAUCAAUGCAGAUCUUCACGAUUCUGGAGUCUCAAAAGUCAAGACAGCAGAUUUUUGACUGUCUGCCGGGGACUAUUUGAAACAAUGACAACAACGUUAAGCAAGCUGAUAUUCCAUGUAAAGUUUGCUCUGAAAGGUUGAUCUUUACAUGAAUUUUUAAUUCUUACAACUGGCUUGACGUAUGCCUCUGCACUAGUAGAUGUAAUUGGAGCUUAAUUUUUUUUUUCAGAGCCACUUAGUAGUUAGCACUUGAAGGAGUGGUGAUAGAUUUGUCCAUGUUACUUCAAUAUUACGAUUGGUAUAUCAACCAGGAACCAUGUGACCAUGCUUUUACAUAUAUCAGCAUCAACAGAUUCAAGUUGCAAACUUUAUAGAUAAAAUUUUGAAGAUGCUUUUGUCUUGUCUCUAAAGGCCCAGCAUCUAUCUAGAAUUUUACAAAUAAGUGCAUGCGUCUUUUCAGAAGUAAGCACAGUUUAACCUGAUGGGUAUCUGCACAAAUCAAGUUUUAGCCCUUAGUCUAUCUUAAUCGGGUCCUCUAAAGCUAUUUACAUGUGUAAAAGGAUUUUGAUUUGAGUAGUAUGAGUGAAGAAAGCAAAGUCACCUUUAAUUUUAAUAGUGAACAAAGGUAUGGGUGUACUUCUUUCCCUUCUCUGAUUAUCACUUUCCUAUUCGAAUGGUAGAUUGGUACACUGUAUUUCCUGGGUUGCUAAGUUCAUGUAUUUUACCUAUUUUUGUAAAUAA